AAACAGAGGGUUUGAAGUUCAAAAUUUUCGGUUUAGAAGUAGCUUCGGGCAUGAAAAGAAUGUGAACAUUAAACCAAGGAAGCCAACCAUUUCAACAACAACAACAGCAGCAAUAGAAGGCUUUAAAUAUUACCUGAAUCUAUCUUUUAUCGGUAUCCUAUAAUCGUUUUUAUGGUGCAUUGUUGUUGGUACUUAUUAUAAUCUACUGCCUUCAAUAAAGUUCAGAUGGAGCCAUCUUCUAAGGUUUCUGAAAAGAGGUUGGCGGGAAAAGUAGCAGUAAUAACCGGUGGUGCAAGAGGGAUUGGAGCAGCCACAGCCAAGGUGUUUGCUCAAAAUGGCGCACAUGUCAUCGUGGCUGACAUCCUCGACGACCUCGGCGCAGCUCUGGCUGACUCGAUAGGUGGGCGAUACAUACACUGCGAUGUUGCAAAAGAAGCCGACGUAGAAUCCGCCGUUGAACUGGCCAUCAAAUGGAAAGGCCAACUAGACAUCAUGUUCAACAACGCUGGAAUCUCUGGCCCCGCCGGAGGGAGCAUAACAAGUCUAGAUAUGGACAAAGUUCAGUGCCUUCUUUCAGUGAACGUUCUAGGCAUGUUACAUGGGACUAAGUACGCAGCCAGAGCCAUGAUCAAGGCUAAAAACAGGGGAAGCAUUAUAUGCACAUCGAGCUCUGCAGCCAUUAUGGGAGGUUUGGGAUCCCAUGGCUAUACACUAUCAAAGGAAGCCAUUAUUGGCUUCGUUAGAAGCUCAGCUUGUGAGCUUGGAAUCCAUGGGAUUCGAGUUAACUCCAUUUCUCCACAUGGGGUUCCCACAGAUAUGCUUGUUAGUGCUUAUAGAAAGUUUCUUGGGAAAGUUGAUAUGAAGGCUGAGGAUGUGAGGAAAAUCGUUGGUGAAAGGGGAACUUUGCUGAGAGGAAGAGGAGGAGCUGUUGAGGAUGUGGCUAUGGCUGCUCUGUUCUUGGCUAGUGAUGAAGCUGGCUUCAUUACAGCUCAUAAUCUUGUUGUUGAUGGAGGUUAUACUUCAGCCAAUAGUGCCUUGAGCUUUAUUUAUCAGUGAUUUACACGAGAGUGGAAUCUUUAUGUUUCUUUAAAGUAUUACUACUGUUCUGGAAUUCUCUUCUUUAAGACAUGGCUAAUCAUAAGCUAAUUUCAUAAGCUUAUAUUUUAUCUUAUAAAUAUUGUUCAAAUAAUAUACUAAGCAAACAUGUAUUGUACCUUAGAUGUAGACACAUAACUUAGAUGCACUCGAACUCAUUGCAUCAAAAUAUAAUGACAGUAAAAAUAGACCAUUUAAGAGAGAUAGAGAGAAAAGAGGGGUUGAAGUUGAGUACUUUUGUUGCUAUAUUUGAGGAAGAAAAAUGAGUUGACUGAAAA